AUGACUGAUUGGGACACCUUUCUUCGAUCUAAAGAGUCGCAGUUGAAGCCGGCUUCGGAAUUUCUUCAAGCUCCAAUCAGACGAAAUGAGUUUGUCGCCCUUUUGUCACAUCAGAGUGAGUUCUUUUAUUUUUUUUUUUGAGCUUUUUAGUUAUAAAAUUUUGUUUUGUAUUGAAUUUACAUUUGAGUUAAAACAAACCUAACAUUGCUUCUUUAUCUAAAGUUUAACUCAAUCCUUUAUUUUAGAAGCGCUCUGCUUUGGUCAGUCACCUCUUGACAAUGGGCGAUCUCUUCGUUUGAUGGAAUGCGAGGUUUGUAAAGUUGAAAUCUUUUAUGCGGAGUUUAGAAAUGCCAUCGACUGGUUAAACAUGUUGCUUUCGCUCAUCAUAUGAAGCGAAGACAUGCUGUCGAAACCCAUGCUUCGGCUUCCGGAGAUGAGUCUCAAUCGUUCUUGCUUUCGCCCCCUAGACAUCGGACGUUAUCUUAUGUAUCCGAACGAAAGAAUGAGUUGUUGUUGGUGUUGAAACGCGCAAAGGCCGAGCUGGAUUCUGCAGACGAAGCUUCUACAUCUGUGCGUUUGUUUUCCACGGUCAUCUUUUUUUGCCUUUCGUUUUUAUACACCCUCUUUUUAGGACGAAUUGAAGACUCAGGGUGUUGAGAGUCCGUUGAAGUCUGGUGAUGAAAACACGAAGGAUCUUACAAAAUUGGCAUCUAUGAUUGACACUAAGAUCUCUGAUAUACGAUCAUAUUCGAGAGAAAGGAGAUCAACCAAGCCCAGAAUGUUACAUCCUAAACCUGCCCGAAUAUCAGAUCCCGAUUGUGUUGCAUUGAGGACAAGAAGACAUCUGAAAGAGAUAGAAGUAUUUGAACAUCCUAAGCUUGAAGGUAUUAAUACCGACGAAGAAGAUUCAAACAGAAAACAACAAGAAGACAUUUCCAUGAUCAAAAUGGAAUACGGGGGAGAGAGGCCGAGCUCGUGCAACGCCGAUGAAUGCGGAUACAACGCAGACAUGGAUGUCAAGCAUGAUGAACUUCCAGUCCAAUCGAGCUUCCUCCAAGGUAUAUUAAAAAUUAUAAUUUUUUUAUUUAAUAGAUCAAAUCGCAUCGAAGAGUUUUGUCUUUCAGAGUUGAUGAAUCAGCCUUCAGAACCCCUAUCGGUCACUCCAUCUCCCCCUCCUCCUAAACCAAUUUCGAGUUGUAUGACACGGCAUUCUACUCCAACCCUGAAUAUGCCUCCGGUAAACAACAUUGUCCGGGUGAUACGACCAGUCCAGAAGCCUGUGUCUGUUACAUAUCUUCGAUCAGACAGGUCGUUUAGUCAAAAUAAUCGGCAAUCUCCGUCAACAUCGAUGGAUAUCGUGGAACUUCCCCCUCGAUCUCCAGAUAUGCCUCAUCUAGAAAGAGAGGAUGUUGUGCUCAGAAACGAAGGACUCCCUGGCCCCAGUUCUAGGAGCGACGUGGUGACUCAUCGACAACCGUCGGUGUAUCAUAUAAAAGAAAAGAAUGAACCUCGACGGAUACACAAGCAAAGUCUCCCUGACUUCCAACCAUACACAAAUGAAUACGUAGAUUACAUUACUAAUGUCAACCAUAUAAGUUAUGCCCAAUCAGAUGUGUGGAAACAAAACGGGCAGAAAGCAAAGAACAUAAGACUUGUGCCGGUGGGGAAUGCAACAAAAAUAAAUCGACCCGAUUAUGUGAAUGGGAGGUCUAUGGACACGUCAAGGAAAUAUUAUUUGAAACCAGUUGGAAACCCCGGAAACUAUUACAAGCAGCAACAACCCCGACCGUCCGGGCAUUACCAUGUUCCGCAUCAACCAGUCCAGCAACAACAUUACAUUCACAAUCAGCCUUUGCCUCAAGUCAGGCCGAAAAUGAAUCGAGUGUUUGUGUUCCAUGGGCAGAAGCAAAAUGAGUCAGACUACUUUUAUCCUCAAAGCCAUCCGAUGUCUGGACGAAGAUCAAGUAGUUUCGAAUCCGGCCUUCCAAUGGAAAGUUCCGAUUUGAUAACAAUAUCAGAUGAUUCGGACUCUGGGAUUGGCAGGACGCCGUUGACAGACUCCGGAAUUACACCUCCUUCGGAUUCUGAAGACACGAAUGGAAGUAGUGUUGAGAAUGGGAAUUGUAAGUAGCUGGAAUACUAUUUAUUCGUACCUUUAGCCAACAUACUUCACAAUUCGACGACGAAGUUCUUCAUGAAUCAACGUUUUGUGAUGAUCCCUCCGAAUUUCGCAGAAGGGCAGCCAUUCCGGCAACCCCAACCACCGGUUCGUCGUUAA